AUGUCCGACCCCGACCCCUCCUCGCCGGCGGACCCUCCGUUGCCCCUCACCUCCCCACGCACCCCGCUGCAGCUCUCCUUCCCCUUCCUGAGGGAGGGCAGCCGGAUUUGGGAGAGGGAGAGGAAACCGCCACAACCUGGAGAGCUGCCAAGCCCACUGCCCACCAAACGCACCCGCACAUACUCAGCGACAGUGCGAGCCAAAUCAGGUCCCGUAUUUAAAGGCAUGUGUAAGAACUUCUCCAGGUCUCAGGGUCAUGGAUUCAUACGCCCCACUCACGGAGGAGAGGACAUCUUCGUCCACAUCUCUGACAUUGAUGGAGAGUACGUGCCUAUGGAAGGAGAUGAGGUCACGUACAAGGUGUGCCCCAUCCCUCCCAAGAACCAGAAGAUCCAGGCGGUGGAUGUGGUGAUCACCCAUCUGAAUCCAGGCACCAAGCACGAGACCUGGUCAGGUCAGAUCAUCAGCUCCUAG